AUUGAACCACAUGGCUGCGUAGACAGUUUGAAAAGAUAAUUGGAUACAUAUAAUCUAAAUGUGUACAACUGUCCUGUAGUGUCAAGUGACGUCAUGGCCAAUUCCUUGGACUUGUGAGCGAGUCGGAGGUUGGAUCUACACCCAGCAGUCUAUUGGGGAAACUUUCACUUUUAUAAACAAGUGUCGGGCUGCACUGGUUGAAGAGGAUACGAGGUAGUGUCAUGGAGGAUGGGAAGCCGGUGUGGGCGCCCCACCCAGGAGAUGGGUUCCAGCUGGGGACCAUAGUGGACAUAGGAGCAGACAGUUUGACCAUCGAGCCGCUGAAACAGGGGCAAAAGAGCUUUACGGCCCAGAUCAACCAAGUGUUUCCGGCUGAGGAUGAUGUCAACAAACAUGUGGAAGACAACUGUUCUUUAAUGUACUUGAAUGAAGCCACACUCUUGAACAACGUCCGUGUGCGGUAUAGUAAAGACAGAAUUUAUACGUUUGUAGCUAAUAUCCUGAUAGCAGUGAACCCCUACUAUGACAUCCCAAAGCUCUAUGCUCCCGAGACCAUUAAACAGUACCAUGGGAGGUCCCUGGGCACCCUUCCACCCCACGUCUACGCUAUUGCUGACAAGGCCUACAGGGACAUGAGGGUGCUGAAGAUGAGCCAGUCCAUCAUCGUGUCCGGGGAGUCUGGUGCCGGGAAGACUGAGAACACCAAGUUUGUCCUCCGAUACUUGACAACAUCCUAUGGAACAGGUCAAGAUAUUGAUGAGAGAAUAGUUGAAGCCAAUCCCCUGCUAGAAGCUUUUGGAAACGCUAAAACUGUCAGGAAUAACAACAGUAGUCGCUUUGGGAAGUUUGUAGAGAUCCACUUCAACGAAAAGAAUACUGUGGUGGGAGGCUUCGUGUCCCACUACCUGCUGGAGAAAUCCAGGAUCUGCCAGCAGAGCCAGGAGGAGAGGAACUACCACAUCUUCUACCGGCUGUGUGCUGGAGCUUCCGAGGACAUCAGGACCAAGUUCCACCUGGAAUCACCAGACGCCUUCAGGUAUUUGAACAGAGGAUGCACUCGCUUCUUUGCAAACAAGGACACGGACAAACAGAUCCUUCAGAACCGCAAGAGUCCAGAGCACCUGAAGGCUGGGCCCCUGAAGGACCCUCUGCUGGACGACCAGGGGGACUUCAACAGGAUGUGCGGGGCCAUGAAGAAGAUCGGCCUGGAUGAUAUGGAGAAGCUGGACCUGUUCAGGGUGGUGGCCGGGGUGCUGCACUUGGGCAACAUCGACUUUGAGGAGGCAGGCAGCACAUCAGGUGGCUGCACUAUAAAGAACCAGUCAAGCCAGACGGUGGAGUACUGUGCUGAGCUGCUGGGUCUGGGAGAGCAGGACCUGAGUGUCAGCCUCACGUCAAGGGUCAUGCUCACCACAGCAGGGGGCGCCAAAGGAACAGUUAUCAAAGUGCCACUGAAAGUGGAGCAGGCAAACAACGCACGGGACGCCCUGGCCAAGGCUGUGUACAGCCGGCUGUUUGACCACGUGGUCACCAGGGUCAACCAGUGCUUCCCCUUCCACUCUUCUGCCAACUUCAUCGGGGUUCUGGAUAUCGCAGGCUUCGAGUACUUUGAGCACAACAGCUUUGAGCAGUUCUGCAUCAACUACUGUAAUGAGAAGCUGCAGCAGUUCUUCAACGAGCGCAUUCUGAAAGAGGAACAAGAGCUGUAUCAGAAGGAGGGCCUUGGAGUGAACGAGGUCCGGUACGUCGACAAUCAGGACUGCAUAGACCUCGUGGAGGCCAAGCUGGUGGGCAUCCUGGACAUCCUGGAUGAAGAGAACCGUCUACCUCAGCCCAGUGACCAGCACUUUGCAGAGACCGUACACAACAAACACAAGAACCACUUCCGACUGACCGUGCCCCGGAAAUCAAAGCUGCAAGUUCACAGGAAUGUGAGGGAUGACGAGGGAUUCAUCAUCAGACACUUUGCAGGAGCUGUGUGCUACGAGACGACCAAGUUUGUGGAGAAGAACAAUGAUGCACUGCACAUGUCCCUGGAGUGCCUAGUGAGUGAGUCUAAGGACCGGUUUAUCCGGGAGCUCUUUGAGAACUCCAACAACACCAAGGACUCGAAACAGAAGGCCGGCAAGCUCAGCUUCAUCAGCGUAGGCAACAAAUUCAAGACCCAGCUGAACAUUCUACUGGAGAAGCUUCGCAGCACGGGCUCCAGUUUCAUCCGUUGUAUCAAGCCCAAUCUGAAGAUGGUCAGCCACCAGUUUGAAGGGGCCCAGAUCCUCUCUCAGUUGCAGUGCUCAGGAAUGGUGUCCGUGCUGGACCUGAUGCAGGGAGGCUUCCCCUCCAGAGCGCCAUUCCAUGAGCUCUACAACAUGUACAAGCAGUACAUGCCUGCCAAGCUGACUCGCCUGGACCCAAGACUCUUCUGCAAGGCUUUAUUCAAAGCGCUGGGACUCAACGAGAAUGAUUACAAGUUUGGGCUGACCAGAGUGUUCUUCAGACCUGGGAAGUUUAAGGAGUUUGAUCAGAUCAUGAAGUCGGACCCAGACCACCUGGCGGAGCUGGUGAAGAAGGUCAACCAGUGGCUCAUCUGCAGCCGCUGGAAGAAGGUCCAGUGGUGUUCCCUCUCUGUCAUCAAAUUGAGGAAUAAGAUACUCUACCGUGCCAGUGCCUGCAUCAAGAUGCAGAAGACGGUGCGCAUGUGGCUGUGCAGGAGGAAGCACAAGCCGCGGAUCGAUGGGCUGGUGAAGGUGCGUAACCUGAAGAACAGGAUGGAUAAGUUCAACGAGGUGAUCGCCGGCCUGAAGGAGGGGAAGCAGGAGAUGAGCAUGCAGAUUCAGGGGCUGGAAGAUGCCAUCAACACAACCAUGCUCAAAAUCAAGACCACAGCAAUGACCCGCAUUGACAUGGACCAUGAGUACCAGGCCCUGGUCACCAGGUCAGAGGAGCUGCUGACGGCCAUGCAGAACAAGAAGAAGGAGGAGGAGGAGAAGGAGCGACUGAAGAAGAUCCAGGAGGAGAUGGCGAGAGAGAAGAAGAGGAGGGAGGAGGAGGAGCAGCGCCGCAUGCAGGACAAAGAGGACAGGCGUCUGAAAGCGGAGAUGGAGCAGAAGCGGAAACACGAAGAAGAGGAGCGGAAGCAGAGAGAGAAAGAGGAAAGGAAGCUUCAGGCAGAGAUGGAUGUUCAGCUGGAGGCUGAGCGGGAGGAGGCGGCCGCGCGUCAGAACAUCCUGGAGCAGGAGAGGCGCGACAGGGAGCUGGCCAUGAGGAUCGCCCAGAGCGAGGCUGAACUCAUCCCAGAGGACACCCAGAAUGACGCAGGCCUGCGCAGUAACGGCACCUCAGGUGGUCCAUCCUCCCCAGAGAGAGCUACUGGAGCUGGUGGAUCUCAAAAGCUCAAGAGCAUGUCCAUGGAGGAAAUGGCCAAGGAAAUGUCUGAGCUUCUGUCUAGAGGCCCACAGGUUCAGGCUACCAAAGCUGCUGCUGCAGGCACCAAGAAGUACGAGCUCAGCAAGUGGAAAUACGCCGAGCUGAGGGACGCCAUCAACACAUCCUGUGACAUUGAGUUGCUGGCUGCCUGCCGAGAAGAGUUCCACCGCCGGCUGAAGGUCUACCACGCCUGGAAGUCAAAGAACAAGAAGCGUGGCAGCAACCCCGGCGUCACAGAGCAGAGGGCCCCCAAAUCAGUCACUGACUAUGCCCAGGCGAACUCAGCCCCGCCCAUCCCAGCCAGGCAACAUGAGGUGGCCAUGAACAGGCAGCAGCGCUACUUCCGCAUCCCCUUCAUCCGGCCCGGGGACCAGUACAAGGACCCACAGAACAAAAAGAAGGGCUGGUGGUACGCCCACUUUGAUGGGCCCUGGAUCGCAAGGCAGAUGGAGCUGCACCCGGACAAGCAGCCCAUCCUGCUGGUGGCAGGGAAAGACGACAUGGAGAUGUGUGAGCUGAGCCUGGAGGAGACAGGCUUGACAAGGAAGAGGGGAGCUGAGAUCCUGCCCCGGCAGUUUGAGGAGAUCUGGGAGCGCUGCGGGGGCAUCCAGUACCUCCGGAGAGCCAUCGAGAAACAACAGGCCCGCCCCACCUACGCCACAGCCAUGCUGAAGACCCUCCUCAAGUAAAGGGUGUUGGGUGAAUUUGCCCCUAGUCGCUGAUUGUGGGUCAGUUUAGCAUUUUCCCCACCUAAAGGUUAAGGUUAGGAUUGGGGGACGGGAAGCUGAUCCUAGAUCUGUACUCUGGGAAACUUCACCCUGGAGCUAAAGCCCCCUGUCUUAAACCACGGGCCUUUCUCUCACUACAGCAAAGGGAAGAAUGUACUAAGCUACUGUACCUAACACAGUGGGUAUUCAAGCCUACUGUACCUAACACAGUGGGUAUUCAAGCCUACUGUACCAUGUUUUGACUGGGGGCAAGUCAUAAAUUAACCACUUUUUGUUAAUUGUCUUUUUUCUUUUGUUCAUGUUGUUGGUCUUGGCUGCUUUCAAUUGUCUUGAUGUAUUAUUUCUUGGUGGGUGCGGGGGAAUUUGCAGUGAACCUAUGCAGAGGAAUCGGACAGUGACUAAUUAUUACAUCUAGUUUUGUUUCUCGAGCAAAUAUGGAUGUUUUCCUUUUAAUAUUCCUGCUACUUUAACUACAAGGCCUUAUUAAAACUACUUUAACAGGGUAAUUUGCUGAAAGUAGGAAGUGUUUCAAAGCUGCCUCCAAAUAAGUUUUGAGUAUUAAAUUGUUGAUGUUUAAUAUUAUAUCUUUGUGAUUUAAAAUGAAGUCAACAUUUUGUCUCUGCAGUCUUAACAGCUUGUUGAUCAUUUCACUCAAACCGAUACUUGCUGUUUAUUUUCAUGUAGUAAUUAUAGGACAAUACUUGCACAAGAGAGGGGUAGAAAUGGGCUAGGUUGGGGUAGAAAUGGGCUAGGUUGCAACUCUGUUUUCUCAUGUGAGGUAGUUAUACUUGAGCGUCAGGUUCUUCUCUAAGGAUAUUUUUUAGUAACUGCACAUAAAUUCACAUUCAUUUCUAAUUAUAAUAUUUGAUAAUACUGUAAUAAGUUUUUACCUCUGGCUUUCAGACUGAAUGUAAUAUGGGUUUGUUGAUUUGUUCCUUCAGUCCUUACUGUUUGGUUAGGAGCGGUUUGUUUUAUUCUUCAUAUGUGUGAUUUAGGUUUGCUAAUGCUAUUUCCUUUUCACAUUCCCCAACCAUUCAUUACUAAAGCCACAUGGUUGAAAUUGUUUCAUGUUCUCCACAUGAAACAAUGCCUAUUCCAAAUAUUGAAACAAAAAGAAAAAUAAUGAAUGAAUCAAACUUAAUUAUGAGAAGUGAAUAAUACAAAUCUUGAGAUACUCUACGAUGUCGGACCAAAUGUGUGUAUGGGACAAAAACUGAAUAGUGAAAUCGUGUUGAUGUCUUCUUGACCCCAACUUCAUUCAAGCUCAUAUACAAUAAAGUCAGCUAUUCUUCUCUCUGCUAGAUAUUCCAAUAGACACAUACAUACAGAAUGUUCUACGUGUAUGAUCGAGAGUCUAAUGUUUCUACACAGGAAUGUACACAUUUAUUUUCUAAAUAAAUAUUUCUACUCUAAGAUACUCUAAAGCAUGUGUCAAACUCAUUCCACAGAGGGCCAUGUGUCUGCGGGUUUUUGCUCCACCCUCGUAUUUGAUUAAUGAAUUAAGGUCACUAAUUAGUAAGGACCUCCCUUCACCUAGUUGUCUACUGUAGGUCUUAAUUGAAAGGAAAAAACAAAAACCUGCAGACACUCAGCCCUCCAUGGAAUGAGUUUAACACCCCUGCUAUAAAGGGUUUGGUCACAUGACUCAUGUUUCUUAAAAUAAACAAAUGAUGAAGCAAUAAUUUACACACGCAACACUACAAGGAGGACAGACUGUCUCAAACACACAGUACAUGACAAUCUUGUGAGACUAGAACUACUCUCUUCAGGUAAGGCUGUUAGUCUUGAGUUUCUUCUCAUUCCCUUAGACGCUCUGCACAAGCGAAAGGCGACGUCGUGGUUGUUUGACAUCUAUCCACUCAUGCUCGUGUCUAAAGCAUGUCUUCAGUUUAGCCCGAAGUAUUUCUGACAAACAGCAGAGUUUACUACUGUAGUGUGGGGUCUCCUUGAAUAUCGCUUGUAAUGUACAACAAAUGACUGACUGACUUCCAUAUGCUCUGUAUCUCACAACACGCAUAGCAAUCAUUCCUCAGAUACUGCCUUUUCCAAUGCUGAUCUCUAACUGAAAUAAAUGCAUUUCAUGCUUCACUCAA